GUACGAUGACCGCAAAAAGUGGUAACGGCACAUGUAGGUACUGAGCGCACCACGCAAUUAUAGACUAUGUCAGUUCCGCGCAAUGCUGGUGAUAGUCAUCGUCAUUUAUCGAAUCGGCUUUUUGGAGGCAGUGCCUCCGCGAUUCAAAGCAGCUCUAGUCCGAAUCGCAGUCUGUGGUUGUGCCUGAAAUCGUAAACACGCGUUCUGAAGCGCCAGCGAGAUCGAUAUCAUUUGAAUUGGCGCGUUCUGACUAUCGGUAGAAGUGGCUCCUGUACCCACGUUUCUAGUAAAAGUGCCCCUUCGAUAAAUUUUCUAACUAAUCAAGAUGAAAACUAAGCCCAAGGAAAAGGUCGAGUCACGACCUCCUCUGCCGACAUCGGGUAGCCUUUGGAAGCGUCCCACAAUUCGCCACAGAAUGCCGGAAGCGGAAGGAGUAAAACAUUCGGUCGACCUGGACAAAGAGCUUCCCCCGAAGAUUGCAGAAGUGGCACGCAGGCAGGGUGAAGAUCCAGAGCAGACAUGUUUGAUGCUGCAGGAGUUACGGGACAUGAUUUAUGAAAGAGGGGAUUGUGAGCCACAUCGAGUAGAUGAUGAUUUUCUGAUCAAGUUCCUUAGAGCUCGUUAUUGGAAAGUCGAAAACGCUUACAAAUUGAUGUGUCGGUACUACGACUUUCGUGAGAACAACACGGAGUUACACGCGAAUGUUAAUCCCAUGACGCUUAGAUCGCUUGGUGAUGAUAAUAUCAUUACGAUAUCGCCCUAUCGCGACCAGGAAGGCCGCCGAGUUUUGUUCUUCAAAUUCGGGAAUUGGCGACCAUCGAAAAUUCCUCUGAGUGAUCUCUUCAAAGCGACCCUGCUGAUGCUAGAGGUCGGUUCGUUAGAACCAAUUUCCCAGGUUGUUGGUGGCAUUGGAAUUAUGGACUUGGAGGGUUUAUCUUUGAACCAUGCUUGGUACAUGAGUCCAACAGUUGCACAGAAGGUUAUCUCUUUGCUAGUGACGUGCAUGCCCGUCCGUACUACAGCCAUCCACAUCGUCAACCAAGGUUGGGUUUUCGAUACGGUGUUUCAAAUGUUUAAGCCUCUACUGAAUGAACGAAUGCGAGAGCGGCUAUUCUUCCACGGCACGGAUAGAGCUUCACUACACAAGCACAUCGAUCCAGAGUUCUUGCCAGAGCGGUACGGAGGAACCAAGCCGGAGUAUCCUUACACAUACUGGUUGGACAAUCUAUGCGAUAACGAAUACAUUGUUCGAGAGCUAGAACAGCUUGGGUAUGUGGCGGAUGCGGCCACCGUGGAGUGACGAUUAUUGUGAUUAUGGUGUGUUGGCGAGUCUGUGAUUGGACUUAAAAAAAUUAUAACUGACUGUACUACGGAAUUAGCUGUAGAUUAUUUUAAACAUAUCACAAAGUGUAUGUAGAUUUCAGUGCAAAAUUUUUAUAUUAUAUUUUUACGGGUGGAACAAAUCGUGUACAAAUAAAUAUUAUUUUGAGACGAUUAUAAAGAACAAAA